AUGGGGCAGAUCGUUCCACUCUCGGUCAUCACCUUCAGUUACGUGAACAUCAUCAGGACGAUGAAGAGGAACUCUAAAAGGUUGGGUCGCGUGCGCGUGAGUCGCGCAGAAGCUAGAGCGACCGCAAUGGUCUUUAUCAUGAUAAUUGCCUUCACCAUCGCCUGGACUCCGUAUUCCCUCUUCGCCCUGAUGGAGCAGUUUGCAUCUCAGGGUAUAAUAUCCCCCGGAGCCGGCGUAAUACCAGCUCUAGUCGCCAAGAGUUCCAUCUGCUACGACCCUCUCAUCUACGUCGGAAUGAACACUCAGUUCCGGCAGUCUAUCAAGAAGAUCUUCGGUGUCCACUCCAAGUGUCGAUCUCCGAGUAGAGGUUACAACACGGCUAUGUCGCCGGCACAUAAGCUAUCAGCUUUCAACGAUAUUACGGUUCGAUUUAAUACUUCAGACACAAACGUUCCCAGUACACCGAGAAGGCUAAAAGAAAGAGCUCCAAGUAACGAUGAAUCUGACAUAUCUAAUGACUAUAAUAAACUAUCGUCUAAAAUAGGUGAACUAGGUACUAUACAAGAAAUGAAAACUGUAUCUGAUGCUGAAAAAUCGAUAGACACAGUCUACGAUGACGAAAGCAGUAAGAAAAUUGACUCAGAAAACUCACCCAUACUGACCAUCGACAGAGGGCGUUUGAUGUUUACCAAGAAAAAUGUGAAAGAUAUCCUCGAUGACUCCAAUGUGUCUAGUGAAGAGAGCACUAGCGAACAUAAUUUCAAGAAAAUUAAACAUAGCUAUUCAUUCGAUUUAGGGCAAGUAGUACCGGUGGAGACAAAACGACGGAAAUACUCAAUGGAGACGUAUAUGCCAUCGAAAGGUUUGUUUAAAGAGACGAUACUUAGUAAAUUUGUUGAUGCUGAUCGCGUGAAAGACGGUGGGUCUCCAUUGAGCGAGGAGCCAGUUGGAGGACCUCGGUCUAUUAAGACACGGGUGCUGAAGGCAUUCGGCUGA